AUGACUCAGAAGUUGCUCUUGGCGGAGGGCCUUGACCUACUGCGCCAGUGUGAGCAGCGCGAGUACGAUGUGGAUCAGGCCAAGCUCCGCAUCAGCAGCAACAGCCGCUACCGCGGCGAGCUUGGCCGACUGCUGCAGAACUACGACGCAGUGUACCAGCAGUACGUGCGUGGGCUUCAGAUCCUCAACUAUGUGCGCCACACCGCCCUCGCAGACACGAAUCCCAAGAGCGCACAGUACUCCAAGAACCUGUCAGAGUUCUGCGCUGCCAAGAUCACGGCGUACAUUACACGGUGCUACAACAUUAUUCGGAAGACAGACAACAUCCUCGUGCCCUUCGAGGAGAUUGACCUCAUCAGUAAGGAAGGCUACAGGCCGGAGGAAACGCUCUACCUGCAGGACGGCAGCACGUACCCCCUCUCGCGGAAGGAGAAGGUCAUGGCAAAGGAGUUCACGCUCAUGGCUGGCACGUACGUCCUGGUGCUUAAGAACCGUGACGACUACACGCUGGCGGCGCCAGAUGUGGACGUGAAACUCACCGUGCUGCCUCCGCGCGGAAGCGGCCUUGAGUCGUCGCGUGUGGAGCUGAAGUUGCCGUGCCAGUGUGGAUGGCGAAAGGUGGUGGGCUGCGUAGAUGCAUCGACUGUGCAGCUGGAGAUUCGCUACAGCGGCAUCCGUGAUGCGCACGUUGACGUGCUCUUCCAGAAGUGGUGCGCCGUAGAGGAAAUCGGUCGAUCUGGCGGCGCUGGUGGCGCGGCGGGUGGCCCCGGCCCGGCGCUGUCGCCGUUGAUCUUUGAUAACGGUGGCAAAGAUUUUGAUGGUAAGACGACGUCCAACCCGAACGACGGCGCUGCGGGCGGCUUCGGUAACCGCCUCUGCCCGCUCCCCAAUGUGUCAGGAAACGGUGUAGGGGCGCCGGCGUACCAGCAGCAGCAGCAAUGGGUGAACCAACUUCCCCGCCUGCCGGACGAUGAGCUGGCGACGCUGGCGAAUUACAACGUACCCUCUUCGAACCUACCAACAGUGCCAAACCACCUCGCCACUGGCAGCGGAGCUUCUGCUGCUACUUCGUCCGCGACUCUUGCCUCAGCCGAGGAUCCGUGGGCAACGCUUGCCAGUCUGAACGUUCCUCACACGUCAACGACGUGCGGCGCGCCGAAUGCGGCGUCCGUCAUGCAGGUACCAGACCCGCUGAAGGUGAAUCCGGUCGGCAUGACAUGUCGCCAGCGCCUCGACAAGAUUCACCAGUUAAGUGCAUUGGGUCGUUCACAUGGUGCAGUGCAGUGUGGGCUUCCAGGCGGACGGCUACCCUCCUGUAGUUCCGUUAGUGACCUUCACAUUCGGAAAAAAUCUACCAGCAGCUUGCCUAGCCCCGUCAUGGCUCGCUGUUCCGGCUGCGUUGUAUAG